AUGGACAAUUUAGAUAGUGUAGAAUUUGUAUCUCUUGCUCUAGAUUCAAAUAAAAAACCCUUGCUAUUUAUCAAUCUAUACGUCCAAAAAUUCCCGGCAGAACCCCUCAAAACCCUCAUUGAUUCAGGAGCCACUUUGAACUUUAUCUCUCCUUUGAUUGUGGAAAAAUAUAAAAUCCCAAAAACCCAACUCAAAAAUCCACAAGUUGUGAGAAUGUUAGAUGGUACCAUCUCUCAGACUGGUUGCAUUUGGCACCAGGUUCACCUCACCGUCUUGGCCAAUGGCCACACCCACUCCAUUCCAUUUCUUGUUUGCCCCAUUGGCAACACCCCGGCAAUCCUAGGCAUGACAUGGUUAAUGGCAGAAGCUCCUCUCAUUGAUUGGCAACAGGGACUAGUCACAUUCCCCAAACAAGUUCAAAUUGCCUCCAAGGAAGAAGCGGACUCAGACCCUUUAACAGACCUUCCCCCUCAGUACCAUGAGUUUGCUAAAGUCUUUGGCAAAGAAGAAUUUAAGGUCCUCCCUCCACAUAGGGAGUAUGACAUCUCCAUAGACCUUGUCCCAGACGCCAAACUGUCCCCUGGCCCCAUAUACAGCAUGACCAACGCAGAAUCAAAGGCGCUGAAACAACACAUUGAUGAGGAAUUAGCAACGGGCAAGAUUUGCCCCAGCACCUUGUCUGCCAGCGCUCCAGUCAUGUUUGUAAAAAAGGCGGAUGGCUCACUAAGACUGGUAGUAGACUAUAGGAAGCUAAAUGAUGUCACGCACAAGAAUGUUUACCCGCUCCCUAGGCAGGACAACCUCAUGGCUAAACUCAGGCAUGCCAAAGUAUUCACCAAAUUGGACUUGCGUUGGGGUUACAAUAAUGUUUGGAUCAAGGAAGGCAAUGAAUGGAAGACAGCCUUCAGAACCAAAUAUGGCCUAUUCAAAUACUUAGUCAUGCCAUUUGGUCUCACAAAUGCCCCUGCCGCUUUCCAACACUUCAUGAACAAUUUGUUCAGAGAUCUGAUAGACGUGAAUGUGGUAAUCUACCUAGACAACAUCUUAAUCUUCUCAGACAAACCAGAAGAGCAUCCAAAACACGUGAGAGAAGUCCUGUCCCGCCUAAUGAGGAACCAACUGUUCUGCAAGCUGUCCAAGUGCCACUUCCAUGUCACCACGGUUGACUACCUAGGCAUUGUAAUCUCCCCUGCAGGGUUCUCCAUGGAUCAGAAGAAGGUUGAAGCCGUCACAUCAUGGCCCACUCCCAGGACAGUCAAACAAGUCCAGGCCUUCUUAGGGUUUGUAAACUAUCUCUGUUGCUUCAUCCCCAACUUCAGUUCCGUUGCACGCCCCUUACACCAUCUUACAAGAAAGGAAACCCCUUGGUCAUGGGGUAAACCAGAGGAGGAUGCAUUCCAGGAAUUGAAAACCCUUGUCACCAAAUCCCCAGUCCUUAUCCACUCCAACCCAGAACUACCCUACUACUUGGAAACAGAUGCCUCAGGGGUAGCUAUGGGGGCAAUUCUUAGUCAACAAGGUCCGGACAACAGGCUACACCCAAUUGCCUAUAUGUCUAAGUUGUUCUCAGGGGCAGAAGCUAACUAUGACACCCAUGACAAGGAACUUCUGGCCAUUAUCAAGGCGUUGGAAGAAUGGAGGAUAUUCCUGGAGGCAACAGAUAAACCUACACAGGUGUUUACAGAUCAUAGGAAUUUGGAAUACUGGAUGCAGGCACGGACUUUUAACCGCAGACACGCACAAUGGCGUAUUUUCCUGAGCAACUUCAAUUUUGAAAUCCACUAUUGCCCAGGAAAACAAUUGGGAAAACCAGAUGCCCUAUCAAGACAAUUGGACUACAUUGAUACUCCACCCAAACCUGAAGUCAUGCUGCCCUCAGAGGUUUUUGCAAACACGUCAGAAGAAGAACUUGAGAUUGUCACAGAAAUUUGCAACAAGCUUAGAGACAACCCGUCACUAGAGCCCAUCAUCACGUUCCUCACAGAAGACUGGGAGGAGAACCUCCUGUGGUACCGCAGAAAACUAGUAGUUCCGGACUUGGAACCCCUCAAGGAACAACUACUCAAAGAAUUCCACAACUCCCCAUUGGCAGGCCACCCAGGACAACAGAGGACACUCAAGCUUAUCAGCAGAAAUUAUUGGUGGCCGGGUAUGAAAUCCUCAGCCAAAGAAUGGGUUGAGUGCUGUCCCACCUGUCAAGCUAACCGUCGCGCCCAUGCCCCCGCCAUUGCCCUGAAACCGCUAGAGGUCCCACCAUUUCCCUUCCAUACCAUAUCCUACAACUUUAUCACAGGGUUUCCUAAGUUGCAGGGCUCUGACGCAAUCCUAGUUGUCAUAGACUCUUUUUCCAAGUUUGGGCACUUUAUCCCAACCACCAAGAGAAUUUCAGCCAAAGGACUAGCAGACCUAUUUGUUUCACACGUCUGGAAAUUGCAUGGAUUACCCGUUAGAACAAUAUCAGAUAGGGGAACCACCUUCACGGGAAAAUUCCUCAGGGCACUGUACCAACGCCUGGGAAUUAAGCCAGCCUUCUCAUCAGCCUACCACCUGGAAUUGGACGGCCAAACGGAAAGGGUUAACCAGUUCAUAGAAUUCUAUCUUAGGUCAUAUGUAGCAGCAGAUCACUUGGACUGGGCCAUGUGGUUGCCACUGGUGGAAUACGCGUACAACAACGCCAAACACGCUGCCACAGGAAAGACUCCCUUUGAAUUAGUCUACGGAAGGAACCCUGUAAUGAACCCCUCCAACAUUCCUGUCCUGGACAUGGUCACAUGA